AUGGAGGAGUGCAAGCCAAAUGCAACCCCAAUGAAACAAAAGGAGAAGUUCUACAAAGAAGAUGGAGCUGCAAAGGUUGAUGAAAGUCUUUACAGAACCUUAAUAGGCUGCUUGAUGUACUUGACUGCAACCAGACCAGAUAUUAUGAAUGAUGUAAGUCUACUCUCAAGGUACAUGCAUUGUGCUAGUGAAAUUCAUUUUCAAUCAGCAAAAAGAAUUGUUAGAUACAUCAAGGGUACGAUUGACUAUGGUUUGAGGUUCUAUCAAGUUAAAAAUUUCACACUCCAUGGUUAUUCCGACAGUAAUUGGGCUGGUUGUGUUGAUGACAUGAGAAGUACUUCAAGUUAUUAUUUUAGCUUUGGCUCUGCUAUUUUCUCAUGGUGUUCUAAGAAGCAAGAAAUCAUAGCUCAAUCUACAGCAGAAGCAAAAGCAAAAAAAAAUUUAAACAUGUAUAUGGGCUUCAAAACAAAUUCUGCAACUGUUAAGGGUUGA